AUGCCAACGACGCCUAUCGAUGCGAAGACUGUGCUCGAUGUCGACCCCUGGCUUGAACCCAAUGCGCCCUCGAUUGUGCAUCGACACAACGCGUUUAGGAAAUGGCGCGAUACUAUAGAGCAGAACGAGGGGGGUUACGACUCGUUCACGAAGGGCUAUCUCAAGUUUGGGCUCCAUGUACGCGACGACGGCGAGCUCGUGUACAGGGAGUGGGCACCGAACGCGAAGGAGGCGGCCUUGAUCGGCGACUUCAACAAUUGGAAUAGGACCUCGCAUCCGAUGGUCAAAGACUCCUUUGGCGUGUGGGAGAUCACCAUCCCGCCCAAAGAACCAGGUGUAUGCGCUAUCCCGCACGACUCCAAGAUCAAGAUCUCGAUGAUCACACCAUCAGGCGAGCGCAUUGAGCGACUCCCAGUCUGGAUCAAGCGCGUCACGCAGGAUCUGUCUGUUUCUCCCGUCUAUGAUGCCCGAUUCUGGAACCCACCCCAGUCAGAGCGAUAUCAGUUCAAGAAUGCUCGUCCUCCUCAGCCGAGGAGUGUGCGGAUAUAUGAAGCCCAUGUCGGGAUCUCGACGAACGAGUAUCGCGUAGGGACAUACAAGGAAUUUACUGCCCACAUGCUGCCGAGAAUCAAGGAUCUCGGCUACAACACCAUCCAGCUCAUGGCAGUUAUGGAGCAUGCGUAUUAUGCUUCGUUUGGGUACCAAGUUACAAACUUUUUUGCAGCAAGUUCCCGCUAUGGUACACCUGAAGACCUCAAAGAACUCAUAGACACCGCGCAUGGCAUGGGAAUCACAGUUCUCCUCGACAUUGUGCACUCGCAUGCCUGUAAGAACGUGCUCGAUGGGCUCAACCAAUUCGACGGGACGGACCAUCAGUACUUCCACGAGGGUGGAAAGGGGCGGCAUGAGCUCUGGGAUAGUCGUCUAUUCAACUACGGCCACUACGAGGUGCUUCGCUUCCUCAUGAGCAACCUACGCUUCUGGAUGGAGGAGUACCAGUUUGAUGGCUUCCGAUUCGAUGGGGUGACGAGCAUGAUGUACGUGCAUCAUGGAAUCGGCACCGGGUUCUCUGGUGGAUAUCACGAAUACUUCGGAGAUAAUGCGGAUAUCGAGGCCAUCGUGUAUCUCAUGCUGGCCAAUGACGCAAUGCAUGAACUCUUCCCAUCGUGCAUCACUAUUGCAGAGGAUGUCUCCGGCAUGCCCCUUCUCUGCGCCCCCGUCUCGAAAGGUGGGGUUGGGUUCGACUAUCGGCUAUCGAUGGCAAUCCCGGACAUGUGGAUAAAGCUGCUGAAGCACAAGAGUGACGACGAGUGGGAGAUGGGGAACAUCGUGCACACCUUGACAAACCGGCGAUACAAAGAGAAGAGCAUCGCGUACGCCGAGAGUCACGACCAGGCGCUAGUAGGGGAUAAGACCCUCGCGUUCUGGCUGAUGGACAAGGAAAUGUACACGAACAUGUCGGAUAUAACGGAGUAUACACCUGUCAUCGCUCGAGGUAUUGCGCUGCACAAGAUGAUACGACUGUUAGUGCAUUCGCUGGGCGGUGAAGGAUAUCUCAACUUUGAAGGGAACGAAUUCGGCCAUCCGGAGUGGCUCGACUUCCCGCGUGAGGGCAACGGCAACUCCUUCCACUACGCCCGGAGGCAGUGGAACGUUGUCGAUGAUCCUCUCUUGCGCUACAAGUAUCUCAACGAGUUCGAUAAGGCUAUGAACCACACAGAGGAGAAAUACGGCUGGCUUGCGGCCGAGCCUGCUUACGUCUCUCUGAAACACGAAGUCGACAAAGUGGUCGUGUUCGAGCGCGCGGGGCUACUAUUCGUGUUCAAUUUCCACCCGUCGCAAUCAUUCACGGACUAUCGUGUCGGAGUGGAGGAGCCCGGGGAGUACCACGUUGUCCUGAGCAGCGACGAGAAGCGCUUCGGCGGCUUCGAGAACGUGCUCCCGGGUGGGCAGUACUUCACAACGCCCAUGGAAUGGAAUGGGAGAAAGAACUGGUUACAGAUCUAUAUUCCGACGCGUACCUGCAUCGUCCUUGGAAAGAAUUGA